AUGCCAACAAAUCAGCCAAUGAGCUCGCGAGACCGCGCCAUCAAACACUUCCAGAGUCUAGCUCCUGGACCACCCAACCCUGGAGAAGGCACAGAGGCUUACAAGGAUGUUGAUGAGCUGGCCUAUGCUCUAUCUCGAGUUCCCACGUUUACGCCUCGGCCAGUGCGAAUUAUUGCAAUUGGCGCGGGCUUUGCAGGUCUUUCGAUGGCCAGGGCUGUUAGCACUGGUAAUAUACAAAAUGCUAGUAUCAAGGUGUAUGAAAAGAACGCUGAUGUUGGAGGGACGUGGUAUGAGAAUCGUUACCCAGGAUGCGCCUGCGACAUACCAGCACCUAAUUACCAAUUUUCCUGGGCACCUAACCCGUUCUGGAAAUCGUAUUACGCCAAGCAAGAGGAUAUCCUAUCUUACAUACGAUCAGUUGCCGAACAGCAUGAUUUGCGGCGUUACAUAAAAACGUCUCACAAGAUCACCAAUGCUUCUUGGAUACCAGAGCGCGAGGUCUGGCAGGUCACUGUGACCAAGACCGACGGUAGAGAUCUCGUCAUUUCUAGUCCAGGUAUUACAGAGGGUGAGACCUCGUCUACCUUUGUGGAAGAGUGUGAUAUCCUCAUCAACUGCACCGGUUUCUUCAAUCACUGGAAAUGGCCCAACGUGAAAGAUCGACAACUGUUUGGGGGAAGAAUGCUUCAUUCAGCAGCCUGGCCACAGGAUGCUGAUAAAGACAUUAAGGGGAAAACAGUAGCACUGAUCGGUAAUGGAAGCAGUGGUGUCCAGAUCCUACCCGCCAUACUCAAUGACGCAGAGAAGAUAUAUGUGCAUAUCAGAAGUCCGACAUGGAUCACCACCAAUUUCGCUUCCAAAUUUGCAGGUCCCGGUGGAUCGAACUAUGACUACUCCGAAGAGCAAAAGGCUGCUUGGGCCAAGGAUCCAGAGACAUAUCUCCAGUAUAGACGUCAGAUCGAGCAGGAACUCAACAGCCGUUUCGGUCUCUACGUAAACCAUUCUCCGGAGCAAAAGGCUGCUCGCGAGUAUGGAAUCCAUGAGAUGGCCAACAAGCUUGGAGAGAGACAGGACUUGCUUCAAGCGCUACUACCGGACUUUGCUGUUGGGUGUCGUCGCCCAACGCCCGGCAAUGGGUAUCUCGAGGCUCUCACGUCGCCAAAGGUACAAGUAAUUUGGGGCACAGUCGAUGCAUUCACCAAGAGCGGUAUCCGCACUUCAUCCGGUCACGAAACAAACGACGUGGAUACCAUCAUCUGCGCCACAGGCUUCGACUUGUCCUGCGCCCCUCGCUUCCCGAUCAACGGCCUCAACGGAACCAAUCUCCAAGACCUCUGGAACGAUAACCCACGGUCAUACCUAUCAGUCACAGCGCAAGACAUGCCCAACUACUUCGGCUUCCUGGGUCCAUUCUCUCCGCUCGGACAUGGCAGUCUGGUGACUUCGAUCGAAAUGGUGACCAAGUACAUCGCCGACUUUGUGAACAAGCUUCAGACCCAGAACUACAGCUACUGCGUGCCCAAGGCUCACAUCCCUGCUGCCUACCAGAAGCAUGCCCUCGCAUGGCUCAACAAGACGGUCUGGGCGAGUAACUGCAGCAGCACGUUUAAGAACGGGACUGCUGGCGGAGAACUUAACAGUUUACAUCCUGGUAGUCGGAUUAACUACUUUGAGCUGUUGCGUACUCCGAGGUGGGAGGAUUUUGAGUGGAAGAGUCUUUGCGAUAGUGAGGACUUGACUUUUGCUUGGCUGGCGAGUGGAUUCACUUAUAGGGAAAAGAACCCCGCUGACUAUCCGGAUACAACCUGGUUUAUCAACUUUGAUAAACAUUCUAAGCAGAUCGAAAGACGUAACGUAGAUGAAGAGGUUGAAAAUGUCCUGAAUGGAACCUCGAGGCCGUAG